CGCGUCACUCAAGUUUGAGAGUUUCUCAAACUUGAGCGCGUCACCCAGACGGUCGUCACACUCGCGACGCCUGCGAUGUUCGCACCGGGUCAGGUUGGAAGUCACGACACAACGGGUUUGGGCGAUCUGGUUGACCAACCUUCCCUUCCACCAUGAAGACGCACUGAGUAGACGCAAUUGUAUCGAUCUCCGCAAGCCCAACAUACCAUUAUCAAGCGUAUCUUCGUUGACCUAGAGUUUUCUGACAACAGUAUAACGUUCACAGCCAACGUUGUUGGAAACUGCAAGAAUGAGCUCCAUAUAUCUGCAUAUAGUAUGAGGAUGGGGGACUGGGAGCAAAGGGCGCGUCGGCAGCCUUGGGCGACCUGCAGCCUCCUACGGGCUUUUUGCUGGUUGAGCUGCUUGUUGUGGAAAAGUUUUGCUGAUGGUAAGUCCUGGUCUCCUGAGCUCGCGCGGCUAUGCUGCUGGUCAUCAACUCUGGGCCUCCCGUGGGCCCACGGUUAGGCACACACCUGGUUUUGCUUGCUUACAUAGUAGUGCGUCAAAGCCUUUUGGAGCAUUUGAAGAGUCAACACGGGGCACCCCCACAACAUUCCUGUCAGCAUGUUGACGUUGCGAAAACCUUCGACUGCCGCGCGAAUACCUUGAAGCAAUUGUAAUAAUUAUCAGGUCGGCGCUGAUUUUCUGAACGCGGGACUCGUCGUAUCGACUCCACAAAACCGGUCGCAUUACGUCGCCCUUGUAGGCCAGAGCUCGUGCCCUGGGUUUAACGGCUACCAGUUCUACCAGGGCGGUCAGGCCGUGGGCAACAACCUUGGGUCCGCGCUCACCUCCAGCCUGCCAGCUAUUGCCGCCAGCUGCACAGCCGACUGCAGCUGCCAGGGCUUCACGUGGAACGGUGUCACGGGUCAGCUGAAGAGCCAGGCGGCUGGCGCGCUGCUCAUGCCCGACACAACCAACCUCAACCAGACCUGCCUGGGGACAUACGUGCGGCUGGAACCAUGCCAGACCACGUCGGGCGGCGCAUGCAAGGCCUUCACGGGUUAUGCGUUCCAGCAGGGCAAGGACGUGACAAACAAUUUGCUGGGCACGGCGGUGACUGGGUCGCUGGAGACCGCGGCGGCUGUGUGCUCAUCCAACUGCGCCUGCCAAAGUUUCACCUCGACACAGCUGAUCAAGUCGGAUGCUGUGGUGGUGACGGGCGGCGGGACGGGCACGUGUGAUGGCACCUUCGUGCGUACCAUCAAUUGCACCGCAGCGACACUGACGUGCCCCACAUCGACCUACUUCUCCAAAGGCUACAACUUCUACGCGCAGCAGGACGGCACCGGUGCCGAUCUGUACUCGGGCCAGCCGCUGCUGCGUGGCGGCAUUGCGGACUUCAUGGACCACUGCGACCUCACGUGCGCCUGCACGGCCGUGAGCACGUGGGGAGCCAUCAAGGCCACCAACACACGCGGCGCCUCGGGCAAUUUCAGCACGCAGUGCCAGGGCGUGUACACGCGCACCGGCUCCAUGGUAGCGAGCGUGGCGGGCUCCAAGCCGGUGUCAGCAAGCUCAGAGGACACGGGCGGUGGCUACCAGAAGAGUUACCUGGUUGACAACAACAUCGGCAACGUUUUCUCGACUGCCUCGGGCGGCACAACCACUCCCUGGGUGGCGAUAGACCUGCAGGCUGACUACACGGUCACGAACGUACAGCUGUACAAUGACGGCACAUACGGCAACCGCCUGGGCUGGGCGGAAGUGCGCGUGGGCAUGACGCGCAUUGACGACUCGGGCGAUGGAGCCCUGGUGUCGCAGAAUGCGCUCUGCUACAAGUUCACCGGGCGAGGCACGAAUGGGGCCGUCUACAGCUAUUUCUGCACGGGUGGUGCGCCCGACAACACAGCACCGCGUAUUUCGCUUUUCGGAAGGUAUGUGACGAUCCAGAACUUCAACACGGACCCCGGCAAUGAUGCCGAUUACUACCGGCUGAUGCUCAAGGAAGUAAUGGUGGACAUCGCCUGCGUCAUGCCGCAGCUAGGCUCCCCCUCCGCCUCGUACAACAACUAUGACGUGUACGUGGACUGGUCGGUGGACGGCGCCGCGCUGACCGCACCCACCUACCCGGUGUUCAGCUGGAAGGCCUGCGCCGACUACUGCCGCACCACCACCGGAUGCCUGGGCUUCAAGUACAGGGCGACAUCGCGGCAGUGUGACCUGUUCUCCACACGCGGCAAGCUGGAGCGGGUGUGGGACCCCGCUGACACCGCCACCUUCGGCGCCACGGGAUACGGAGACGUGGCUGGUGUCAAAGACCACAGUGGAUGCGGCACGCUGUCUCAGUCCGCGGGAGGCAGCGCGGACCUGACGUUGCCGUUCCCGCAGACCAUCUCAUUCGGCAAGACAUUCAGCACGCCGCCCCUGGUCCUGGCGUCUUUUGCCGGCCAGAACGCUGACUCGGCUUCGCAUGAGGUGGUCAUCACAGAGGUCAACACCACCAGCUUCAAUGUCGAGGUGCUUUCCAGCGGCCUCAGCACGGUCCGCAUUAGCUGGGUGGCGCUGGACGGGCUGCCGUCGCAGGGCCUGGCCUUCCGGCGCAACGGCUUCAUGUGCACGGAGCGGGAGUGCUACAACGCGGACCUGCUGGCGAGCCAGGGCUACAUCGAGCGCAAGUGGACACACAGCAUGAAGGUCUUGACGGGUCACUUUCCAAAGAUCUUCCUGUCCACGCGCAAGAUCUCUGGCAGCACCGGCACAAGCACCGUGAACACUGUGUUCGCCACCAACGCCUACGCGCUGCUGUGGAUGACCCCGGUCGGCGCCAUGCCCACAAGCUACAGCGGGUUCACCAUGGACGUGCUCCUGGCCAACCACCCCCUGGUCGAUGCCGGUACGGAUUCGUCGUAUAACUGCGCCGCGGGCUCGCGCACGAACUAUGCGGCGUGCCCGCUGGCCAUGGCGGGCGCCGGCAACAACGUGUGUGCCUCGCGCACCAUCACCACCUCCAUCAGCUUCGCCCGCACCUUCACUCAGGCACCGCUGGUGUCGGUGUCUCUGACAGCUGUGGAAUGGGCUACCUCGUUCGACUUCUUCGUGUCCGCGGGCAGCAUCACCGCCACCGGCUUCACGCUCACAAUGACAGCCAACUGCAUGUCGCAGGUGUAUAGCGCCUCUGUCUCUUGGAUUGCCGUGGACGCCUCCACCACCGCUGUGCCGCCGGUGUGCCCAGCCACGCCUACGUCCGGGCAGCUCAAGUAUGCAUCGCCCGCCAUUGGUGGUGCCGGGAGCAGCUUGUGCGCACGGACCAGCGCGGGCAAGCUCAAGUGCUGGGGCAAUAACGGACAGAGCAAACUUGGAAACAACGUGACCACCUUGGUUGGCGACGGUCCGGGUGAAAUGGGCAGCGCCCUACCUGACGUCGAUCUAGGCACCGGCACGAGCGCAGUGUCUACAUGCAUGGGCCAUGAACAUUCGUGUGCGCUUUUGACUGACGGAAGGGUCAAAUGCUGGUCGAGCAACGCCGCGUAUGGCAUCCUUGGCAUCGUGGACGGCUCAAGUAACGCCAUCUUAAGCGUGUUCAACACCACUGGUUAUGGAAUGGGAGACCUCUUGCCAGCGGUCAACCUCGGCACUGGGAGAACGGCAAUCCAGCUCAGCUGUGGACAUUACGCGUCGUGUGCGCUGCUGGACAACUACUCAGUCAAGUGGUGCGUGCGCGGUUUGCGCCCUGCCUUUCCUUACCAACAUGCCGGUAUGUCAUGUGGCGUGACUGCUGGCUUGCCCACCUCUGGCGCGCUCGCCACCUGCAGCUGGGGUGGCGGCUGGGCUGGGCAGCUGGGUCAAGGCGGCACAGGAAACAUCAAGGAUCCCUCCACCAUCAGCUCCAUCAACCUGGGAACGGGCCGCACGGCGCGCUCCAUAACAGUGGGUGACCAGUUCGCCUGCGCAAUCCUGGACAAUGGCCAGGUCAAGUGCUGGGGCGCCAACAGCUUUGGGCAGCUGGGCCAAGGCCACGCGACAGACUGGGGCAAAACUGCGGGCCAAUUGGGGGACGGCCUGCCCGCAACCGACCUGGGUACAAACCUCAAGGCGACUUACAUCAACGCUGGACCCGACUCCACGUGUGUCGUUGUGAGCUCUGGUGACCCGCUGCUGGACGGCCGCGUCAAGUGCUGGGGCAGGAACAACGUGGGGCAGCUUGGGUUAGGAGACUAUGCGAACCGUGGUGACAACGCCACGGAAAUGGGCGACUAUCUGCCAUUUGUAGACUUAGGUACGGGCGUCAAGGCCGUGCAGGUUGCAUGCGGCUUCAUGCACUGCUGUGCCGUCACCACCAAAGGCGGCUUGAAAUGCUGGGGCGAGAACGGCUCCGGCCGUCUGGGACUGGGCGAUACGGUUGCCCGCGACACUAUCGCUCUGCUGGGCGAUGCACUGCCAUACUCGAGCGUGGGCACCGGCCGCACAGUCCUCUUCGUGUUCAACCGUGGCUACACCACGUGUGCCUUGCGAGAUGACUACACCGUCGUGUGCUUUGGCGCCAACGGAAGCGGGCAAAAUGGUGCCGGCGACACAGUGGCGAGAUGCAGUACCACAGCCUAUUGCGGAGACAACCUGACGGCCAUUGACUAUGGUGCCGGCGUGUUCAUAGUGCCUUACGCGGGCGUCGCAGCCCUGCAGACACUCACGCCCUACCCAUCCUUCCCGCCGAUUCCUCCAGCACCGCCCUCGCCUCCACCGAGCCCAACUCCACCGAGCCCUAAGCCACCGUCCCCGCUUCCGCCAUCCCCAGCGCCGCCACCACUGCCGCCGUCUCCCGAUCCGCCGAGCCCGGCACCGCCUUCUCCUGCGCCCCCAUCACCGGUGCAUUCCACCGUCGCCGUCGCCGCCUCCAAGCCCCGUGCCCCCAAGCCCUGCCCCCCCAUCCCCGCUGCCUCCGCUACCCCUUCCACCCUCGCCUCCACCUUCACCACCCCCAAGCCCAAUGCCACCAAGUCCAGCGCCACCCCAGCCACCGGCCCCGCCGGCCCCUCCUUCUCCUCUGCCUCCACUCCCCCCUUCUCCUCUGCCUCCACUGCCUCCUUCUCCUCUGCCUCCACUCCCUCCGUCUCCCAGCCCACCGCCUCCAUCUCCUCCUCCGCCGCCACUGCGGAGCCUCAAGCGCCGGACCUGUCCAUUGAGUCAGACCCGCCGCCCCCGCCCGCCAUCGUGCCGGACACCCAGCCGCCUCUGCUAUCGCUGCUGGGGGACGCGACCCUGAAGCUGCAGAUCUAUGACCCCUACGUCGAGUACGGCGCCACGGCGAUGGAUGCACGGGACGGUCCCGUGCCCGUGGUCACCUCCGGCGUCGUCAACACCAACGUCACGUCCGUGGACGGCAAGCACCCCGUGGUGACAUACACGGCUCGGGACCGCGCCGGCAAUGUCGCCUCCAUCCGCCGCGUAGUGAUGGUGUCGGACGCCUGCACCGCGUCUGGCGAGAGGAGGUGCCCCAACACGCUCAAAUGCUCCACACUCAGCCUGUGUGAUUCCUCCUUCACUGCGGUGCUCAACUUCUUCAGCAACAGCUUCGGGGACGUCGCCGCAUCGAAGUCUGGGUCAUCGGACGGUGGCGGCUCGGAUGGCGGCACCGACUCCAGCGGUGGCGGCAGCAGUGGAAGCGGCAGUGGCGGAAGCGGAAGCAGUGGCAGCAGUAGUGGCAGCAGCGGCACCACAUCCAUUUCCGCCCAGCGCUCCCGCAAGCUUCUGCCCGACACCAUGCCUCCGCGCCUGUCACUUCGCGGCAGUGGCACCCUGUUCGUGACGCCGGGCGGCGCCUCGGGCAUGAUCCACAGCCUGUACGUGGACGAGCCGUGGGUGGACGAGGGCGUGGAUGCGGAGGACGACGUGGACGAGUCCUUUGACGGCAAGACCAACAAGGUGGUGGCGCUGCCGGCGACCGCCAUCGUCACCAGCGUCAUUGCGCCGUCCGGCGCUAAGGCGGAUGCGAUCAAGACCGACACGCCCACCGGCGACCAGGAGUCGGGCGGCCUGCCCUGGGUGAUCACCUACGACGUGAGCGACGGCGCCGGCAACCGCGCGCCCACCAUGCGGCGCCGCGUCUACGUGCUGUGCCGCCCGCCGGAGCGCGAGUGCCCGCGCACCGACCCCUACGAGCCACGCACGUGCAGUGUGGAGAAGAUCUGCGGCCUUCAGGUUCAGCCCAGCGACGGCCAGGGCGGCAAGAGCUCACGAGUAAACAGCGGCAUGAUCUUUAGUGCGGGCGGCGACGGCGGUGGCGGGGACAGCGGUUGGAGCGGCGAGGACGGUAGCGGCUCAGAUAGCGGCUACAGCGGCAGCGGCUACGGUGGCAACAGUGGGUCCGGAGGCAGCGGCAGCAGCAGCAGCAGCAACAGUGGCGGAAGCUCUUCCAGUGGCGGUAAAAACGCCAACAGCACAGGCAGUGGCAGCAGCACGCGCACCGGCUCGGGCGCCACCAACGAUGUUCGUGUGGUGCAGCUGCCAGGCACUGCGUACACAGCUGCCGCGGCCGCCGCCGCUGCUGGGGUGACGUUAACAACCUCCGGCAGUAGUAGCACUGGCAGCUCCCGCGCCGCCCUGGUCGCAGCCACAGGCAAGAGCGGUAGCAGCAGCGGCAGUAGCAACUCUCGCGGCAGCAGCGGCAGCAGUAGCGCUGCGGAGGUGGACAUUCCCGACACGCAGCGCAUUCCCAAGCUGACGCUGGUCUCGGACUGGUUCAACCGCUUCAAAGCCGGCAAGCCCUAUGACAAGUGCAAGCGACUGGAGGUGGCGGAUUGUGACCCAGGGGUGACGGCCACGUUGCGGGUGCCAGGUGACCUGAACGGGAAGGUGAUCGCGUGCGCCGACCGCGCCCGCGCCGCUGGCAUCGCCUCGCCGCGCCCCUUCGACCUCAUGGGACUCAAGUACUGCGACCUCGACACCAACACGCCCGGUGUCGUCACCGUUUCCUUCCACCUCACCUGGCCUUCCGUCGGUGAGCUUGUGGUGACCCGCACCAUCAUCAUUGAGGACAACUGCCCCGACGGCGAGAGGCUGUGCGACAACGGCCGCUGCAGCACGGGUCCCACCACCUGUCUGUCGGAGAUCGGUCUGGGAGAUGGCGGCGGCGGUACCACCGUCGUGCCCACAGCCGAAAACGCCUGGGCCGAGGGAGGCUCGGGCAGCGGCGGCACGACAGCCGUGGACCUUGCGUCUGCCAUGACUGCCGGCGGCUCGGCUGCAGCGGCUGGAAGCGGUGCGAGCGGUUCAGGCAGCGGCGGUAGUGGUGGCUCGGGAUCUGCUGGGUCCGGUGGUAGCGGCAGCGGAAGCAGCAGCUCAGGAGGCGGCUCGAGUGGUAGCGGUGGAAGCAGCGGCUCCGGGGGCGGAAGCAGUGGCGGCGGCUCUGCGAGUGGCAGUGAUGGAAGCACCGGAACCGGCAACAGCGGCUCUGGAAGCAGCAGCAGCGGUGGAGGCGGCACGUCCGGAGGUUCCUCCGGCGCAGGUGGCUCUGGGGCGCCGGCGGCUGUUUCGGCUGCGCUGGCGACGGUGGUUGGCAGCGGCACUGUGGCUAGCGGCGUGACGCUGUAUACGGUCCCUGGCAGCUCCUCCGCCAGCAGUGCCACCGCCUCUGUGGUCGCCGCCACGCUGCCUCCGCGGCUGCUGCUGGCGGUGACGGACGUGCUGGGGCGGCUGGUGCAUGUGAAGCGCGGCACGCCCUACCUGCGCUGCGCCGCCGACCAGGUGCCCACGCCCGAGCUGCCCUGCGAGCCGCUGGGCCUGGCCUCAGACGACCUGGACGGAGACCUCACAGACUGGGUGACGCUGUGCCCGCCCGCCGACUGCGCCCGGAGCCAGUGCCGCGAGCACGUGAGCAAGCAGCCCGCGGCGUGCGGCGUGGACACCGUGAACGGCGACGUGGGCAGCACCUUCACACUGCGCAUGGUGGUCUUCAACAGCCGCGGCCUCAACGCCACUGUCGAGCGCGUGGUGAUGGUGGACAGCCCGUGCCCCGAUGGACAGUACCUGUGUGAGAGGGCGCCCAACAGCGCCAACGCCGGCGGCCAGGGCGCCUCCGCAGCCUACAUGUGCAGCGACCUGCCGUGCGACCGGCGCAAGGCGCUGCUGGAGGUGGUGGCGAUCGCAGUCAAGGCCACCAUGUCAAAUGCCACCAGCGGCGGCGGCAGCAACAUGACGGACGACCCCACUGUGGUGGACGUGGAGGAGGUGGUGUUUUCGCCGGUGCCGCGCAUCUACCUGCUGCCCUCGCUGCACCUCGCCACGAACCUCAGCGACGCACUGGCCAACCAGACGCUGUCGCUGGUGUACCGCACGCCCGCGCCUUUCAGCCUGGCGCCGUGUAACGUCUUCUCCCAGGGCGUGCCGCUCUCCACCUUCUCGCCGCGCCCGCCAUCCCCGGCGCCCUCAGCCUGGAGGCCGCCGUCACCGGCGCCACCCACACCUCCAGGGCCGGCGUCGGGCAACAGCAGCAGUGACAGCGGCGCGGGCCGGCGGCGCGGGCUGCGGCAGGCAGCGCCAUUGCCGCCUCCAGCCUUCCAGCCGCCGCCGGUCCCUGCAGCCAGUAGCGGUAGCAGCAGCAGCGCCGCUGCCGGCGCCAUGGCCGGAGCGUGUGCUGCAGUCGCCAACGACAACAACGGCAACGAUCUCACUCCGUACAUCAAGACCAGCGUAGCUCAGCUGUGCCCUGCGGGCGCGCCCGCCGGCAGCUGCGGUGGCGGCUGCAGUGUGGCCCAGCUGACCACGGGCAGCUGCCUGCCGGGCAUGUACCGCGUGCUGUACCGCGUGGAGGCAGACGGGGGCACGGAGGCGGUGGCGCAGCUGGACGUGGCAGUGGAGGAGAUACGCGCCACACAGCUCAACUUGACGCUGCAGCCGUCGCUACCCACCAUCAUCCAGCUGCUGCCGCCGCCGCCGCCUGGCGAGCUGCCGCCUACCCCGGAGGACGUCGCGGGCAACCGCACACAGGUGGAGGCCAUGGCGGUGGCGCUGGCGGCCAAUGCCUCCGCCCUGACGGCCGCGCUGCGGCCGCUGCUGCCCGGACUGGGUCUUGACCCCGAGGACAUCCGCAGCCUCAACCUCAGCGCGGCAGUGAUGGUCGUUGAGCUGCCGCCACCACCGCCACCGCCCUCGCCGCCCUUGUCACCGCCGCCGCCCGGCGCACCCGCCUUCCCACCGAUGCCGCCCAAUGCAAGCUACCCGCCGCCCAGCCCAUCGCCGCCGCCACCUUCGCCGCCGCCGCCUUCGCCUCCCGCGGGCCCGCCGCGUUACGGUCUGCAGCUUGCAGUGCAGCUGACCACCGGCGUUUCGGACUGCCUGUAUACAGCCACCGGCGCAGCAGGCGGCGGUGCAGCAAGCGCGUCCUUUGCGGACCUGAGUACAUCCCGGCACCGCAGCCAGCGCCGCCGGCUGCUACGUGUGCGGCAGGAGGCGGACGCGGUGUGGCGUACGGAUGAGGACGCGGCCCUUCUGGAAACGGCCACAGCUGCACAGCGCAGGAAGCUGUUGGACACUCAGUCUGAGCCCUCCGCAGAGGCCUCAGUGGUGGAUCAGCAGCUGCAGUGGCGGCGCCGUGCCGGGGAGGAGGCUGCGACGCCGCUGGAGCGCAGCCUGCGUCGCCUGCAGUCCGUAAGUGCCACUUUGGAGGCGGCGCUUGAGGCGCUGGCCACCGGGCGUUACACGGAGCCGGCCUGGAUGGCCGAGUGGAGCGAGGAAGACGAGCUUGAAGCAGAGCAGGACGCAGAGAACGAGGCCGGCGAAAGUGAGGAUGUCUUUGACUUCAGCCCACGGCAGCAGCGUCGCCUACUCCAACAGGUGCUGGCAGGCGGAGGCGGCUGCGGCUGCAACCCCGCACCCUCGCGCACAGUCUUCGCCUCUUCUACUGCCGCCAACGCUUCUGCGGCGGCGUCUGCUGUCGUGCGCGGCGCCGUAACUGGGACUGCGUGUGUGACGCCCGCUAUCGACGGCGCGUCUGCUGCCGUGGGACUGCUGCUGGGCGCGGUGUCGACUCUGGACGCGUUCGGUCAGGACAUGGACGUGACGCAGGUCGCACUCAUCGCGGCGGUCAGCAGCAUCAACGGACGCAUGGACGAGGGAGAUGUGCGCAGCGAGCAAGGCAGCACCAACUGGGCCUUCACGGCUCGGGACUCUGUGAAGAACAUCACCACCACCGCCACCAAGCUGACCAGUGUGGUGCAGGCGGCCGCCAAGACGCGCGGCAACCAGGAGCUGUCGUCGGUGGUCGGCACCGGCGUGGCGGACGUGCUUCAGGUCAUGGUGUCGGAGGUGGCUGAGUCCGCCAAGACGGCACUGGCGAGCGCUGAAGGCAUCCUGUCCGGUUAUGGCAUCAACUCAUCCACCCCUGCCGACGAGAAUGAGCGCAAAUUCUGCAACUGCAUCUUCAACCGCAGCGAGCCCACCGGCAAUAGUUUGAGCUUCGUCGCAGACCACGCCGCCAAAGCCACAGACGGCAAUGCCACGGAAUCGAUGCCGCCCAUGCCGCCUGCACCGCCGCCGGGCGUGCCCACUCGGCCCCCACUCUCACCGGACGCUGGCGGCGGCUCGUCGGCUUCGACUGCAGCAGCCAGGCGGCGGGGGCUGCGCGCUGCACCCCAUGACACCGGCGUGGUGCCGGAAGAGGACCAGGCGGCAAUGGAUCCUGACAAGGCGUCCUGCCCAGACACACCUAGCGGGCCUCGCGCCAUUCGUAGGCCAGCCAACAGCCAGCAGCAGAGAAGGCAGCUCCAGCAGAGCUCUGGAUCCACAACGACCAGCGGUGGCUCUACCUCGUCAUCUUCGGGCAGUAGUGCUAGCGACGAGCGCGCGCCUUCCUCGACCCGUGGUGGCAGCGUCAAAGUUGGCAGCAACCUCGAGUUUGCAAGCGGCCACGGUGUGCUCAUCAAUGACACGUUCGAUUACAGCCUGUACCAGGUCCGCUCGGGGAUGCGCACGCGCAAGCUGACGCAGGUCGGCCGCAACAACAGAGUCUUGCUCGGACUGCUGCUGCACCAGGUGCGGCUGUCUGACCGGGACGUGCGCAAGCGCUCUGGGCGCUACAUGUGCACCUCCGCCUCGAAGACACGCCAGCUCAUCACGGCCUGCGCGGGCGAGAACGCUGGCGCGCGUGUGGUGGGUGGCGACCUGGGCGGCAUUGGCGUGGACCCCGUGUUCCUGCCCCGCUCGCCGCUGUUCCGCGCGGGCGUCAACCCAGACGACUAUUACAACACCAGCGCCGGCUCAUCCGACAUUAACCCCAACGGCGUGCCGUUCGGCUUCUUCCACGAGGAGAUCGCGGGCCGGCCGGACGGCUACCCGUUGUUGCUGGACAUUGGCAUGUCGGAACAGCGCGCGCGGGAGGCCUUCAUCUUCCUACGCGACGGCUCCUACCUUUCCGCCCAACUCACGCAGUCCAUGAGUGCGGAGCUGGUGACGUACAACCCCUCUGCCUCUGUCUUUGGCUACUUCCGACUGAUGUUCAGCUGGACAGCCAACGGCCUCAUCCGCUGCGACGCCACGCUCGUGGGCCUGCCUGCAGUCAGCUACGCCGAUGCGUUCGCUGAGUUCUCGAAGUAUUACCGCCAGGUCCUGCCCGACAUCUUCAUGGUGAUGUUGUGCGCGGGCUACGUGUGCCUGGUCGCAUACGACAUCUCACAACAGCUCAAGGAGCAGCGGCGGAGUCGGCUCAUGGCGGCGCGCGCGGCAGCUUUGCCGCAGUACGAGGCACCAGUGAUCGAAUGGCCCACAGCGCCCGAGUUAUCGCGUGCCAACUCCCGCUCCACGCACCACCAGGGACUCAGCCGGCCCGUGACCGCAGAAAACUCCCGCACAGGGACGCGCUCACGGCCGGCGUCACACAGGCAGGGCGUGGGCCACCUGGUCAGGUCCAGGGCCGGCAGCGCGGCACCCAGUGAGGCAGGAGGCGUGUCCAGCUAUGGCAACAGCGACAGCGAGAGCCCAGUGCGCGCCGGCAUUGCCGACGGGCCGCAGCCGGUGGCGGAGGGCUACGAGUGGCUGCAGCAGCCGGGGCACGGCCACUACGACGCGGAGCCAAUGAGCAUGCCGGGGGGCUCACCCACCCUGUCCAUGAGGCUGCCUGCCGGGAAGCCCGGCACUAGCAGCCUCAAGGCGGCUGCCGGCAAUUCCCGCGCCGCCAAGAUGAAGUGCGUGAGCAUGGCAAUGGGCGAUGUGCCGGAGCUGCCAUCUACCGUGGCGCUUGAGCCUGUGGAUGACGGGGACGGCGACGAGGACGCCCAGCGCAUUGGAGCGGCGUACGAAGGCUAUGCGGCGGGAGGAGGAGCCGCCGGUGCCAACCUGUCCAUGGUUCUGCGCUCGCGCCAAAACCACGAGAAGCCACUGCGCCGGGACCCCUACAGCAAGCGCUACCGGCCAUCACUCCUCAACCGCGACAUGCGCCCGGACGUGUCUCAGAUGCUGCUCAUGCACCAGCAGGAGCCCAUGCGCCACGGCGGCCUGCGCCCCAUCGGCAAGGCCAUGACGCAGGUGGUGUACCGGCCCCGCAUGAAGCCGUUCUGGAUGGCGUUCGAGGCGGUGGUGUGCUGCCUGAUGGUCGCGGCCAUGACCAUUUGCUUCGUCUACUGCCUCAAGCUCAGCGACAGAAACCAGUUCACGGCCAGGUACCAGGUGUACGAAGCGGACACGUACGCGCCGGCGCACUACUGGCUGCUGAAGCGGCAGGAGGGCGCCGUGGUGGUGCAGGGCGCAGACACGGCCGCUGCGGUCAGCAGCCUCAGCGGCAACAGCACUCUCAGCGGAAACAGCACCAGCAAUAGCAACAGCCUGUCGGACGCGGUAAAUGGCACCGUUGCAGCCAGCAUCCAGGUGCUCAGUGGCAACGGCAGUAGCACAGGUGGUAGCAGUGGCAUGAUAAGUAGCAGCAGCCCCAACUACAACGCUGCGGGCCGCUGGAGGGCGCCCGAGGACCCCGCACCCCUGGAGAGCUCGGGCACCAUGUUUCAGCGCGUGCGCCACAUGUACACGAUGUACGUGACGUACAUGCUGCUUCAGUCUCUGGUGCUGGCCAUGGUCAUCAUCCGACUCAUCCACUACGUGUCUUUCCAGCCACGGCUGUCUCUGAUUGCGGGCACGCUGUCUCUGGCGUUUUCCGACCUGAUGCAUCUGGCUCUGGUGAUUAUGGUGGCCGCGAUCAUGUACGCCGGCGCCGUCAUGUGCACCUUCAGCGAGCAGGCGGAGCAGCUGUCGGGAUACGAGUACACUAUCCUUUACAUCCUCAAGUACCUGCUGUUUGGAGAUGAUGAGGGGGUCUUUUAUAACAUCCUGUGGGCCCCGCUCAUCAAGUCCACGGGCCAGACCUUCCUGGCCCGCCUGCUGUACGUGCUGGGCCCCAUCCUGUUUGGGCUCAUCUUGAUCAUUUGCAUCAUGGUCAUCCUGUUCCACCCCUAUUUCAUCAUGAAGCAGGUGGUGCGAAACGCACCUGGCGUGCAAAGGGACAUCUACCUCAUCGUCAGGUGGCGCUGGCAGCACUAUCGCCAUCAGGCUCCCAAGAACAAGCAGCUUAUGUGCGCCCUGGAUGGCUUCAUGGCGGGUGGGGAUGCUGAGGCAACGUCUCGCCGCCAGCAGCUGAUUAACGCAUUAGCGACCAAGUUAGCAGGGCCGAGUCACAUGUUGCGCAAGCUCAACGAACGACUGGGCUCACGGCCAGUCUCAGCUGCGCCACAGCAACAGCAGCAGCAGCAGCAGCCGGUCAGCGGUGGCAAGGGCGCCAAGUCGUCAGUCGACUUGGGAAAGCCUGGCGGCAUGGCUGGCAUCGGCUCUGGCAGUGACAGCAGCAGCGGCCUGGAGUCGGCGGCUCUGGCGGCGGGGCUGAUGUCGCAUGGCGCGACCACCAGUGAUGGGCAGAGCGGCCCGCUGCCGCGCGUGCUCGCCAGCCCCGUCUCUCGGGGCGCCUCCGUGCACACCGCCACGCCCUCUCGCGUGAGCCUGGCCAUAAGUUCGAUGGCACAGCGGGACUGGCUGCAGCAGCAGCAAGGCCAGGACGGCGGCGGCAGCACCAGGUCGGGCGGCCUGGCCAAGGUCAAAGCCUCUAACAGCGGCGGGCUGCUGUCAAGGAGCACCUCAGCCUCCAACAAGGUUGCACCGCUUCCUGCAGCUGCAGCGGCGGCGGCCGCCGCUGCUGACAUGGAAUGGGUCGGUGGCGGUGACCGCAAGGCGCCCAGCACAGAGCCAAGCCCACUGCCCGGGGGCACGGCGCCAGGCGGCAGCGCACAUGGUCGCAUGCGGUCUCGGUUUGCCACGGCUUCAACACCUGAUGUGCGCCCCUCUCUCGAGACAGACGACGGUGCUUGGCGCGGACCAUUUGGCGGCGCUGCUGGCACAGAGUCUGGCAAUGGCGCAGAUCCCCUUAUGCCACGUGGCUCAUUGGGCUACAGUCGACGUAGCCGACUCGACAGUCAGGAGAGCAGUGCCGUGCCCGGUGUUGGCCCCGGCAGCGACCGGCCGAGCCCCAAAGCUGCCUCCGCCGCGUCUUCCGCAGCUGCCGCCGCGCAGCUCGCAGACGCAGUCAUGGCCAACCUGACCAGUCGUUUUGGCAACAUCACCGUGCCCGAGGACGAACGCGCGAAAGAGCAGCAGGCCGCGGCAAGCGCCUUCGUCGCCCUCGCGCGUGCGGAUUCCCUGCGCAGCCAUAGCAGCAACAGCCGGCCUUCAAGUGCGCAGCGGCUGCGUCUCGCCGACGGCGGCGCUUCGCCCCGGCCGCCCAGCGCCCUGGCUGGCCGCAGUGCAUCCGGGGCGGUAGUUGGCAACAGCCCUACCAGCAGCGGGUCCGGCGCCCAGCCUGGGCUCGCUACAGAGAACAGCUGGGCGCAGAGGGGCCCCUUGGCGCAUGCAGCCAGUGCGCCAAAGGCCAUGUUGUCGCCUCCACUGACGGCGCCUGAUCGCUUCAGCCGCGCCUCCUCUGGCAACGAGGCCCUGCAAGCAGAGGCGAGCAGGGCCGAGGGGGGAACGGACGGGGCGGGAAGCGCUGCCGCUGCCGGCGCUAGUGGAGAGCAGCGGCAUCUCAUGCAGCUGAUGAGCUUCGCACCGGACAAAGCCGCCAUGGAAUUGCACAUGGCGCGUGACAGCGGCGGCGGCGCAGGUGAUGAUGCGGCAGCCCCUGGAGCUGGCGGCUAUGCUGUACAAGCGCGCCUGCCGCAGCCAGUGCGCAUGCAGCGCCCAAGCUCCGGUGUCCCUACCAGCAGGCCGGGGGCAAGGCCCAGCUCCGCCAUCCGCGCAAACGCAGCGCUGGGGGCAUUUGCAGCUGCACGGCGCUCGUCGCAGGCCGGUCCGGGGCCGGUGGCCGAAGCCGAGGAGGAUGACCAGGAGCAGGCGAUGGGCGGCACACGGGAUGCAGCGGCGCUAGACCGCCUCCCUGACCUGGACAGUGACUCUGGGGAGUCCGACAGCGGCCGUGUAGCUGAGCUGGCGAAGCAAAAGCGACAGGCACUGCGCAAGCGCGCAGCCCCAGGGGGCGUCAGCUUUGGCCAUGUGCUGGUGUACGAGCUGCAGGCAGAGCAGCAGCAGCAGCAGCACGGCGGCGCCGGUGCCGGCGGCUGGACAUAUGCGGCCGCCCUGGCUCAGGUGCAGCAGUUGGUGGCGGGUCUGUGCAGCAUGGUGGCGCAGAUGCGGGAGUGCAUCGCCCAGGUGCAGGCCAUGUCGGCGGCACUGGAAGCGGUGCACAAGGAGCUCGCCCUUGCUGGGCCCGGCUCGGGGGCUGCUGCCGCCCUGCGGUCUCCAGAGGUGUGGCGCGCCGCCAAGCAGGCGUUGGACAAGGCGCAGGGCCUGCUGAUGCCCAAGGCGUCUGGGCUGCUGACGACAGCCGAUGGCCCGGCCGGAGCUGGCGCAGUAGUGCCAGCGGGACUGUUCGGCCCCACCUCCUCUGCUGGGCUGCCGGGUGGAGUGCUCGAGGAUCGCAGCAGCGCUGUGGGCCAGCUGCAGCUGGCGCUGGCGCAGCGGCUGGGCCCCCAUGAGGUGCAGGAGGCGAUGAUGAAGGUGAAGGCGGGGCCGCAAAUGGUCAACGCAGCAGAGGAGCGCCACGGCGGUCACGACGACGGACACAGGCGGCAGAUGAUGCAUCACGCGGUCCCGGGCAUCUAACACUUUCGGAACACCUGCGACAUCAGCAGACAAGCACUGAGCGCGUAUUGAUUUCGCAUCUUGAUCCAUGUGUUGCGCCAGAAUAUUAAUCGACCAGCUCAACGGCGUGCGUGUUCUAUCCAUGUGACGCUCACUACCCGCAAGGGUACAGCCUGGAGCGGGUUUAACGUUGGGCUUGUGUGGCAUAUCAAAGCUGAGAACUGAUUUGGAGGCGACAGCUAUUAGCUGUCAUCGAACCUUGUCGUCAAGUUGCCUUAUAUACGGUACCGUCAUUAUACUACCAGUGACCGCAGCUAAACCUACGCUGUGGGGCAACAUGGAAGAUUGCAUGAUAAAGCAUACGCAGCGUACCAUAUCGGUUCUUUUUAAUCUGCUGCGUGCGUCGGCAAAACAUAGCAUACCGGCGGCGGCGGGGCCGGGCUGAGAGCCUGAACGGCGCUAGCAGGGCGUGGGGCUGAGGGUGCACGUGUUGAUUGGCGGCGAGUGACGUGACUAGUUUGUUAGCUGCGGGUUAGCACGGACUGUGCACCCCACCCAACCGGCCAUGUCCGGAUUUGCGGGGAUGCCGAAGGCCCCCAACAUAGAGGCGUGUGCUUAGUAGGCGCCCGCGUCAAGGUGGCUGGGUUGAUAACGACCCGGGAUCAGCCCUUUUCCUGCCAUAAGGCAGCCACCUCCUUGUUAAUCUGCUGGUGAUAUGAUGAUUCAUCAAUAGAACCAAGACGUCCUCGUGUACAAGUUGGUCUACGUGUGCAGGCGUCUGCGCCACGCUAGUUCCAUAUUCAUGCAUGCACGUACAUUUAUCGCCAAGCAUGCUCGCCAUGGCGAAGGUAUGGCAGUUGCAAGGAGUGCAAGCGUACAAGUCAAACGGUUUGCAAGGUCAGCAUGACUGUGAAUACGCAGGAAGUGCUGGUCAUCGAUUGUAUACGGUAGCUGUUGCACAUUCCCGCCCAUGCUUGCAUGCGGCGCAGCUGUACCAUCAUGUAGAAUUUGCCAUUACAUGCAUUGCCGUACCGCACGCCAUUUGCAGUUUGUCACCAGCUGCUUCCGAAUGCCAUUGAUGUAACGGAACCUUGACGGGCAAGAGGGAAGUAGAUAGAGAUGCGCGGGUGCGAAGCGCAACCAGGUACAUACAGCGUCUCGACUGUCUCAAGCAGGAGGGUGGGAAUUUCGGGCAUGUUUGUGAGUGGUUGGGACAACCAUUUUCCCAGCACUCCCGGUCGGGUCGUCCCCAGGUAGGGCAGAUUAUGUGGCCGGGCUGUGCUGGAUGCCUACGCCAGCUGGCUGGAUGAGUCUCCGGCCCCGAUGCGCUGGCUGGCCCGCCCUGACAUCCCUC